AUGACAACAGCAGCCAACUGGGUUUGCGUUGCCAGUGCGGCAUGCUGCCUAUUUCUCCUCCUUUCCUGGGCCGUUUUGCCCGUCGACAAGACGUACAGACACUACCUUAGCAUAUGCCUGACGAUUGCCGUCUUCAUUAUGAAUCUUGGCUUUGUUGUACCCCUCGCCGCUGAGCCGGAGCAAUGUUACAACGACAUCACGCCUCACAGCAUGAAGUCGAGCAAGGUUUGCGGCGCGUCUGGUGCAUUCCUCCUGCUAGGAGGUUGGGCCGGAGUCAUGUGGGUCUUCCUGCGAUCACUGUCUCUGCAUCUCCAGAUCUGCUGGCAAGUCGUUGUCGGCCGCAACUUCAUGAUCUUUGCCCAAGCCGCCGGCUGGGGAAUUCCAAUCAUUGGCAUUGUCGUCGCCCUCGUCUUCAGCGGUGUGUCGUUUCGUUUCGGGGCUACCUGCCACAUCAACCACAAGAACAGUCUUGCCGACUUCUGGAUUCCACUCCUUGUGUUCGCCGGCCUCACAGUCAUCAUCCAGUUCGCCACGUUCGGCUACUGUAUCAAGGUCUACCUUGCCUCGCUGGCAGACAACAGCGCAUCCACCGAAGGCUCGAGCCUGCCCCAGUACUCUCAGAGCAUCCGGACCAUGACCCCCCGCCAAGCCUACCGACGAGUACGACGCGUGAUCUCACUCCAGUGGAGAGGUAUUGCCAUCGUUCUCAUUAUCAUUGCCGACGUCAUCUUCUUCUCUGUCGUUUUCGUGUUUCAGGACAACACAGUCCAAGCAGUGCACGACGACAAGACCAUCGCCGCAGACUGGAUCACGUGUAUCACCCUCACCAAGGGUGACAGAAGCCAGUGUUACGACAAGGCCAAGAACAUGGUUGUCAACGAGGCGACCAUCACGGCGGUCUUGAUUCUACUCGCGAUGAACGGCAUCUGGCUGCUCUUCCUCCUGGGCCGAUGGGCCAUGGUCCUCGGUUGGAUUGAUCUUGUCACCUCCUUGGGAGGCAGGAACAAGAAAGAAUUCGUGUCGGUGGAUGCCCGAUACGACGUCAAGAAAGAUACCCCGGACGAAGAACGCCCGACUACUUUGGGCAAACAGCCCGCUACCAACCGCCGAUGCGGUCCUUCUCAAGCCCCCGCCCGCCGCAAACACCACCCACUUGGGAUGCGCGAGCGACGUACGCCCGGCCCGAGUCGCGAGCCCGGCCAGACGGGUUCGAAGACAUGA